UAUUGACAGUCUUUCCACGUUUCAAAGACGUUAAAGGCUUGGUAAAGUGUUUAUGAUCAUAUUCUUAAGGAUUUAAAAAAAUGCAUUGCUGUUGUCUAAAAAUAAGUUUGUUCAAUGCUUGCAGGGGUUUAUAUUUAAUAAUGAUUCCUCUUCUUAGAUUGAGCAAGACUUUGUUCUGAUGUUUGGAGAAGGAGUGUCAGGCAAGCUACUGGAGAAAUGGAUGACUGCAUUCAAGAAAAAAGUGAUUCAGCAGUCCAAAAAGCUUCCAACCACCAGUGAUUUAGAAGAACUCCUGCUAGCAGCUCAAUUUCCUGAUCACCCAGAAGAAGGUGUUAAUUUUGCUUGGGACUCUGACCUCUCUUCUAUACUACUGCUGUUGCAUCUGAUCCCACCUUCUGCCCAAGGCCGAAAGAGACCAGGAAAGGUGUCUGCGUCUCAAGCAGAGAAACAUCUUGUUGUCUUUAAGAAGAGUGGCACAAACAUUGAGGAGCAUCUUCGAGACAUCACUGCUAGUGCUCAGCCCUAUCUCCUGGCAGUGGGACCUCAGAAGAAUUCAGUUCACCAGUACUUCAUCGUUCUUGAUCAGCAUGCCAUUCCAUGCAAGUCAACCUCUUCUCUUGGUGCCUUUGACGAACUGUUUAAGGCACACUUUGUUUUUGGCACAUCUUACAAUACUAUGCUACACAACAUGUACACUUUCAUUCAGACUACUGUAUACAACAUAGAUGUUGGCAAAGUGAAAGAGAGCCCUCGUGUUGCUGAGGUCAGAGCAAGGUUGCUUUGCUAGGUCCCUUAAGAUUUUCUGUCCUCAUGAAGUGUUUUGUUUGUCAGGCAGAGUUAAAUGGUUCAAAAAUGCUUCUUAGGCACUUCAGAUUAGUUCAUGGUUUUGUUCCUGGAAAGAAUCUUCACCUUAAGUGCAUAGAUGCUGGUUGUGGUUCUGUGUUUGGUACUUUUUCAGGUUUUCGGAAACAUCUGCACACAAAACAUGCUGAGAGUGAGCAGAAUUUUGACACCAUUGAUGGCCAUGAGACCGCCAAGGCAGAUGGACAAAAUAAUGCUGAAAUACUUGAUCAGAUGGGAAGUGCCGGAGAGAUGGCCACAAUAUCUGAAUUGUUAAAGUCAAA